CUGCUGGGCACUUGUGGGCGGCACUGCUGGGCACUUGUGGGCGGCACUGCUGGGCACUUGUGGGCGGCACUGCUGGGCACUUGUGGGUGGCACUGCUGGGCACCGAUCAUCAGGGCACUGAUCAUCAGUGCCCUGAUGAUCGGUGCCAAUCCCUCCUCUGACAACUGCCGGCUCUUGGCAGUACUUUCCUCAUGCUGUGACAACCUGAUCAUGUGGUAAAAGGCCGCUGUGAUUGGCCUUUUACCACAUCAUGUGAUCAGC